AUGGUGAGUGAGAACAAGGAGGAGCAUCCUCAGCAGGGAGGUCCUGGUCAAAUGGAAGCACAGAGAACACUAUCGGGAAGAUCUGAAGGGGAUGUGUCCUGGAGUCCUGAGCAGGGAGAAGCCUGCGGAAAUCAGCACAGGCCAGAGGCGCAGCAGGGAACCUCCUCAGGGGAGAGACAACAGGGUGAAUCCACUGACCAGGGGGUUGGUUUGAAGGACCUUCCUGAAAACAUGAUCCAGCCAGGAAUCUGCACUAAAGGGAAACUGUAUGAAUGUGCUGAGUGCGGAAAAAUCUUCAGUAAUGACUCAUCCCUGAUUGUUCAUCGGAGAGUCCACACAGGAGAGAGACCCUAUAACUGCUCGGAGUGUGGGAAAUCCUUCACUCGGAGCUCCACCCUUGUUGUGCAUCAGAGAGUGCACACAGAAGAGAAACCCUAUAAAUGCCCCGACUGCGGGAAAAGCUUCAAGCGGAGCUCAACCCUUAUUUCACACCAGAAAAUCCACACAGGAGAGAGACCUUAUAACUGCCUGGAAUGUGGGAAAAGUUUCAAUCAAGGCUCAAACCUAAUUAAGCAUCAGAGAAUCCACACGGGGGAGAGACCCUAUAACUGCCUUGAGUGCAGGAAAAGUUUCACUCGGCACUCGCACCUCAUUAAACAUCAGAGAAUGCACACUGGAAAGAUGCCCUAUAAUUGCCCUGACUGUGGGAAAGGCUUCAGUGACAGCUCAGCUGUUAUUAGACAGAGGAUCCAUACUGGAGAGAGACCCUAUAAAUGCCUCAAGUGUGGGAAAAGCUUCAAGCAGAGCUCAAACCUUAUGAAUCAUCAGAUAAUCCACACAGGAGAAAAACCCUAUUACUGCCCUGAAUGUGGGAAGGGGUUCAGUCGGAAGGCUCACGUCAUUUCACACCGGAAAAUACAUAGGGUAGAGAUCCUUUAA